AUGAGUGAAGUUGUUGCGCCUACAUUAUCUACUUAUCAAGAUGAUUCAACAUUCAGUUACGAUAAAUAUAAAUCAGAACAUAAAAAAAGACCAUAUUUAAACCUAAAUUCAAAUGAUAAACAAGAGUUAAUUUCAGCAAUUAUUGACUAUUAUUCCCUUAAUGAAUUAGUAGCACAUCUUGAAGCCAAUCCACAAUUCGAUAAAAUCACAUUACAAUUUCCCGAUGAGUUGAUAUCUGAUAGCUCCUACAUUGUUGAAUACUUACAAUCAAAAAUUAAAGAGAGGCAAUUUUGGGUAUUGGCAGACACAUCAUAUUCAUCAUGUUGUAUUGAUGAAGUAGCUGCCGAACACGUACAAGCUAACUAUUUAAUACAUUUCGGAGAUGCAUGUUUGAAUGAAGUUGAAAAAUUACAAUGUUGUUAUGUUUUUGGAAAACCAAAACUAGAUUUAAACAAGUUGAUAGAACAAUUUAAGAAAAAAUUUGACAAAGGUGAUAACGUUGUCAUAAUGUCAGAUGCUCCACAUGUUCAUCUAUUAUCAACUAUCAAAGAGAAACUACCAGAAUAUAAGAAUUUAGUCAUUGCUGAUUUCACAGCUCCAAAUUCAUCAAAAAUAAUAGGAUUUACACCUAGUGAACAAUUAUAUAUAAAAUUCAACAGGUCAUUACUGAUUCAAACCACAUCAGAGUAUGAUUUGUUUCAUAUUACGAUCCCUGAAUCACCCAGAUUACUUCAACUAGUCACUCAAUUUAACAAUCUCACAACUUAUGAUCCAAAAACAAAUGAACUUUCAUCUGGUCCAUAUCCUAAUUUAAUGAAACGUUAUAGAUCUGUAUAUAUUGCAAGAACAGCAGGGACAAUAGGAAUACUCAUAAACACGUUAUCAUUAAAUAAUACCAAGAAAUUGAUAAAUAUAAUUCAAAAAAGGAUUAAAGACGCAGGUAAAAAAUCAUAUUUGUUCGUAGUGGGAAAGCCUAAUGUUGCUAAAUUAGCCAAUUUUGAAUCUAUUGAUAUUUGGUGUGUUUUAGGUUGUGAUCAUGAAGGUAUUAUAAUUGAUCAAGUUAAUGAAUUUUUUAAACCGAUAAUAACACCAUACGAGUUAUUACUUGGCUUGAGUGAUGAAUUACAAUGGAGUGGUAAAUGGAUAACAGAUUAUAAAUCAGUGAUAGCUGAAUAUGAAAAUGAAGUAAGAGAAGAAGAGGAGGAACAAGACGAUGAUGAUGAUGAGAGUCAACCACCUGAAUUUGAUCCAGUUACCGGUCGAUAUAUAAGUACAUCCAGACCAUUAAGGAACAUGAAUUUGACAAUCACAAACACUGCUGAAAAUAGUAAUGAGAAUGCACUAGUUGAAAGGUUUUCAAAUACUUUAACAAUAAAGAAUACUGUAUCUACACUGGCUCAGCAUUUACAAAAUAGACAUUGGACUGGUCUUGGAUCAGAUUAUCAAAAUGAUGAAGAUAGUGAAGGUGCUCUAGUUGAGGAAGGUAUUAAAGGUAUUGCUAGAGAUUAUCAUCCAGAUAUAUAG